ACGGUUAUAAAAAUGGAUUUUGCAAAGAUUGGUAGUUUAACAAGAAUAGGGAUAGUUUUUUAUUUGUGUAUCCUGGCGGCAGAAGGACAAUUGCAAAGUCCUGCCUGGAGCGGUUACUACAUAGAUAAUGGCACCCACUACCUGCUUUAUCAAGGGCCAAGACAAAAGCAUCAGAACUUUUUGCCAGCCAAUAUAUCCAGUAACCCUGCGAUAAAUGCCUUGGAGGCACAGGAUUACCUGCCAACUAGGAUUGUGAAUGGCAAGAAGAUCAAGUGCAGCCGAGCACCGUAUCAGUGUUCCCUGCAUUAUAAUAAUUAUUUCAUUUGUGGCUGCGUUAUACUAUCCAACCGCUGGAUUCUCACUGCCCAGCAUUGUAAAAUUGGUAAUCCUGGAAGCUAUACGGUUCGAGCGGGAUCCACACAGCAGAGAAGAGGUGGUCAACUGCGUCACGUCCAGAAAAUUGUGUGCCAUCCGCGCUACAGCGAGUACACCAUGAAGAACGACCUGUGCAUGAUGAAGCUGAAGAGUCCACUGAAGUUCAACAAGUGUUGCCAGAAAGCCAAGCUUCCGUCGACGAAAACCAAGCGAUUGCCCAAGUGCUAUCUGGCCAGCGGAUGGGGUCUGACCUCAGCGAAUGCCCAGAAUGCCCAGCGAUAUCUGCGGGGCGUAGUAGUCUGCAAAGUGAAACGUGGUAAAUGCCAAAAGGACUACAGGAAAGCAGGGAUCAAGAUCUACAAGCAAAUGAUCUGUGCCAAGCGAAAGAACCGAGACACUUGCUCGGGAGAUUCUGGGGGUCCGCUGGUCAACAGUGGCGUUCUUUAUGGUAUCACGUCGUUUGGAGUCGGUUGUGCCAACGAAAAUUAUCCUGGAGUCUAUUGCAAUAUCUUGCAAUACGUUAACUGGAUAAAGAUGGUCGCGCGCAAUAAUUAGUUAAUGAAAUAUGCAAAAAAAUCUAUUUUUAUCAAGAUACUAGAAAUAAACUUAGAAUUUCCUUUCGCGAACCGGCUUUUUGAUUUAAAUUUUAGAUAGAAUUUCUAUUUAUUGUCAUAAUC